AUGGAACCUAAAAAGCUGGUUGUACUAUACCAGCUGCUAUUUCUAAUAAUAUUAUCCGCAAAAGCAGUCAAAAUAGGCAUCUCUAAACCUUUACCCCUAACCACAACCUUGGCUCCUAAUACCACAAUAGAGGAAACAACAACAGAAGAAUAUAAUACCGAAGCAAUUAGCUCUACAAUAGAAAACACAACUCCCACUACUAAAACAACUACCACAACAGCUGAAUCUGAAUGGCCGGAAUUUCCACCCAAGAAAACAUUAAAAACUUCUAACCAAACAACCACCACCAAAAAACCCCUGACCACAACCAUUAAACCCUCUACCACCACCAUACGCAUUAACAUUGUAACUAGUGACAAAAAUACCACAGAUAAUCCAGAUAUCUUACCUAAACUACCAACUUCCACUCACAAAUGGCCAAUUAAACCAAUAUAUUGCUUUUGUGAUCUUACUCUAGACACUUGUGAUAUAAAUUGUUGUUGUGAUCAUGAUUGCUCUGCAGAAGCUUUAAAGGUAUUUCGUUGUCAACUAGAGAAACCCAUAGAUUUAGAGGUGCAUGAGGGACGUUUUGAAGAUUUUAAAUUUCAACAUGGUCUGCCCUCUUGUGAGGUCAAUGAUGGUUGGUUGUGUGUUUUUAGGACCUAUAAACCAUUGAUUAAGGAAGAGGUAACACACUCUUUUGAGGAUACAUCGCGUUAUAAUAAAUGGCCCAAUUUAUUGUUGGAGUCUGAGGCUAUCAAAGUCAGAGAAUUUUAUAAAUUUGGCGAUAUAUUGAGAAUUGUUAAUAUGCAAUCGAAGGAAAUACAAAAUUUUGAUCUUCCAUCAUCCUUUCAAACAGCCUAUUGUCAAAUAAGAGAGCCCAUUUAUCAUUUGAAACCAAUUAAAAGAUCAUGUCUCAUUUCGUCCUACGAAAAAUUAAAAGAAAUUAAGCUUAAACUUCAACAACUCCAAGAAAACUUUAAGAUUUUCCGCAAACCCAAUAUACCGGAUGAUUUAUACAAUAUUCAACAUAAAGAAAACUAUAUAGGAAAUAUUACUGUCAACAAAUGUUUUGAAAACAUAAAAAAUUGCUUAAAAUUUAACGCCGGCAGUGAAAAAAAGGAAAUUGGUGACUUAUAUAAAGUGAAAAUAAAUAUAUUGCAUAAUUUUACCCAUAUUCAGGAAGUAGUUGUGGAUUUGUGGCUAAAAGAUUAUGAUAAUAUGAAAAAUAUUGAUAAUACUUCCUCAGAAUAUUGGUUGUCCUAUGAAAUUGAGUUUUUGAAUAAAACUUUCAAGGAAUUUAAUGACUUAAAUAUAAAAAAUAAUAAAAAGCCUGUUGUGGUAUCCGGACCUUUGGGAUAUUUACCCGGCAAAGCCAUAAUUUUAGCACGCUAUGAGGCCUUUAAUAAAAGCCAGCCUUUAUCUGCACAAAAUCAAGUAAUCAAUUAUUUUAACCCUAACAAUAGCGAUGCUCACACAUUAUCUCUAUUUGCUAAAGAAAACGGUGAAUGUAAACGUUUUAAUUCUCAUAAAAAUUCUAUAAAAUUUGGCGUAAAUGUGGCUAAAUAUUGUAAAAUAAAACUGGCAAAUGAUACUAUUUUACAGGAGGAAUCUGCAAAAUCAAACUUUACUGAAAUAUGUCUAAAUCUACAACAACGUAUACAUGAUCAACUAUUUGGUGAAGAUCUAGAAAUUACUGAUCUUUCUUCAUAUUUAAUAUCACAACUUGGUAAACCUGAGAAUAACUCAAACAAAUGGCUGCCCUUGAAAGUUUUCAACACCGACUUUGAUUCCGUAUUUGGUCAAUAUUUGCACGAAUCGAAUACCUUCAUAUGUCGCAAUAUUUUAUUGAGUUUAACUUAUGAGUUUCAUAUGGCUACGUUUAUGGUGGACAAUGAACCCUGGCAGAAUGUCAUCAAGCAAGCAGCUUUGCAUUUGGCCGAACGUCAUGAUUUGGAAUUUGCAUUAGAUGAAAAUUUGGAGGUGCCCAUUACAAUGACUGUGCGUUUCUAUGAUGUGCACGAAAAAGCUGUAUCAGCUGCUUAUGUUUUUAAGAAUUUCAAUUUAGUUUAUGGUAUAAUUUUAGUUUUGGCAUUAGUUUUAGAUAUUUAG